GUCAUCCACAACAGCAUGUGCAUAGCAGAGAUCGACCUGAUCCCCCGGGACAGGCCCUUCGUCUGUGCCUCCUCCUCCAGGGAUGGGGUCAUCACUGUGCCCCACUGCUGCGACAGAGACCACUGCAACAAAAUAGAGCUCCCCAUCCCCACGCCAGGCCCUACUCCAGGAAAAGCAGCUUCCAACCUAGGACCCGUGGAACUGGCUGCUGUGAUUGCUGGACCUGUCUGCUUUGUCUGCAUUUCACUGAUGUUGAUCCUGUACCUGUGUCACAACCGGACUGUCAUCCACCACCGUGUGCCAAGCGAAGAGGACCCCUCCCUGGAUCGCCCUUUUAUAUCAGAGGGAACUACUUUAAAGGAUUUAAUUUAUGAUAUGACAACGUCAGGCUCUGGCUCAGGUUUACCUUUGCUUGUGCAAAGAACCAUUGCAAGAACUAUAGUGCUGCAGGAAAGCAUUGGGAAGGGUCGCUUCGGAGAGGUCUGGCGUGGGAAGUGGCGAGGGGAAGAGGUUGCUGUGAAGAUCUUCUCCUCCAGAGAGGAGCGCUCCUGGUUCCGAGAGGCAGAGAUCUACCAAACAGUCAUGCUGAGGCAUGAGAACAUCCUGGGCUUCAUAGCUGCAGACAACAAAGACAAUGGUACAUGGACUCAGCUGUGGUUGGUGUCAGACUAUCACGAGCACGGAUCACUCUUUGAUUACCUCAAUAGGUACACAGUGACAGUGGAAGGAAUGAUCAAACUGGCUCUGUCCACUGCCAGUGGCCUUGCUCAUCUUCACAUGGAAAUUGUUGGCACACAAGGCAAACCAGCGAUUGCCCACAGAGAUUUGAAAUCCAAAAACAUUCUGGUGAAGAAGAAUGGAACCUGCUGCAUCGCAGACCUGGGGCUGGCGGUGCGGCAUGACUCGGCCACCGACACCAUCGACAUUGCCCCCAACCACAGAGUGGGCACAAAGAGGUACAUGGCCCCUGAGGUGCUGGAUGACUCCAUCAACAUGAAGCACUUUGAGUCCUUCAAGCGUGCAGACAUCUACGCCAUGGGCUUGGUGUUCUGGGAGGUCGCUCGGCGCUGCUCCAUCGGUGGAAUCCACGAAGAUUACCAGCUGCCAUACUAUGACCUGGUGCCCUCAGACCCUUCUGUGGAAGAGAUGAGGAAGGUUGUGUGUGAGCAGAAGCUGAGGCCCAACAUUCCAAACAGAUGGCAGAGCUGUGAGGCACUGCGGGUGAUGGCCAAGAUCAUGCGCGAGUGCUGGUACGCCAAUGGUGCCGCCCGCCUGACAGCGCUGCGCAUCAAGAAGACUCUGUCGCAGCUCAGCCAGCAGGAGGGGAUCAAGAUGUGACCUGGCCUUGCCCCGAGGGAGCGCCAUCACAGGCCCUGCCGGAGUGGCUGCGAAGAAGAUCAAUUGUUCUACCUCACUGGGGAACAGAAGGAUAUUGCUGCCUUUUAGUACUUCAUAGGAACAUCACUUGGUAGGAUCUUC